AGGGAAGGACAUGAUGUAUAGGCCACACCCACAUGUCCAAAGUGAGUCCGAUUUUUGUGGCGUCUGUCAAUAACAAUCUUCUUCAACAGUCAAUAUACACUCUCACACAGACAAUCGUCAACUACCUUUCCUCUCCAUCAUCACUCUACAAUGGCUUCUUCAUUCUCCAACUUCUACUCACCUUCUUUCUCUCUCCCCACUCAUAACCAUCACUCUUCUACUUCUCUCCCACUACCAACUCUCACCUUCAUUUCUCACCGUCGACAUUCUCCUUCCAACCUCUUCACUUCCCGUUCUCCCGUUUCCACACCUAUAAAAACCGCCAUUUUUUCAUCCGGAAACGGCGGAGGAAUUGGCACUGGAGGAGGCGGCAGCGGAGGAGGAGGCGAUGGUGGUGGUGAUGGUGAAUCGGAGGAUAGGGAUCGGAACAGAGAAGAAGCGCUGCUGGCUCUUGCGGAGGUCGGUAGGCCGUUGGAGUAUUUGCCAGCGGAUUUAGCGGAGGCGGUUAAGGCGGGACGAGUGCCGGGUUCGAUUGUGAAGAGAUUCUUUGAGCUGGAAAAAUCGAGUGUGUUUCGGUGGUUGCUUAAUUUUGGAGGGUUUAGGGAAAGAUUGCUUGCUGAUGAUUUGUUCCUAGCUAAGGUUGCUAUGGAAUGUGGGGUUGGCAUCUUUACAAAGGCUGCUGCGGAAUUGGAGAAGCGCAAAGAAAACUUUACGAAAGAGCUUGAUUUUGUUUGUGCUGAUGUGGUAAUGGCCAUUGUAGCAGAUUUUAUGCUUGUGUGGCUUCCUGCUCCGACUGUUUCUCUCCGACCACCACUUGCUGUUAGUGCUGGAUUUAUUGCCAAAUUCUUCUAUGGCUGCCCUGAAAAUGCUUUUCAGGUUGCUUUGGCUGGAACUUCGUAUUCACUUUUACAAAGAAUAGGUGCUAUCGUGAGGAAUGGAGCAAAGCUAUUUGCAGUUGGGACCGGUGCAUCAUUGAUUGGUACCGGUGUAACAAAUGCAUUGAUUAACGCACGGAAGGUUGUUGAUAAAUCUUUUGCUGACGAGGCUGAGGAUGUACCGGUAUUAUCAACGAGUGUUGCCUAUGGAGUUUACAUGGCAGUAUCUAGCAACUUAAGGUACCAAAUUCUUGCUGGAAUUAUCGAACAACGAAUUCUAGACCCUUUGCUUCACCAACACAAGCUUGUGCUUAGUGCAAUUUGCUUUGCUGUUAGAACCGGAAACACUUUCUUGGGCUCGUUAUUGUGGGUGGAUUAUGCUCGAUGGGUCGGAGUCCAGAAGAUAAGGGAAUAGGCGUAAUGGUUCUUCAAUUGGGUCGCAUGUUGUGUGUUGAUUUGUGAUUGGAAUUCCACAAUGUCUGUAUAUAUAUAUGCCGUGUUGUUUAUAGCUCCUGAGAGCGUAAUUGUACAUCGACUAAUAAUGGCAGUAGUCAUCAAGCUUCAAGAGUCUUCAAUUAUCAGCAUAGCUAGCAGGAAGCUGCAGCAUGAGAAAAAGUAGUCACAUUUUUUUAGAUGAUUGUGGCAGAGUUUCUUGAGUGUUGAUUAUUCUUAUGUGUGUUUCGUUUGUGCAGAAAUUACAUUGAAUGAAAAUACUUACUCUUCUCUUCUCUAA